AGGUGUUUUGGUACCAAGUGCGCCGGCUGUGCCCAGGGCAUCUCUCCGAGCGACCUGGUCAGGAGGGCUCGCAGCAAAGUCUUUCACUUGAACUGUUUUACCUGCAUGAUGUGUAACAAACAGCUCUCCACGGGUGAGGAACUUUAUAUCAUCGACGAGAACAAGUUUGUUUGCAAAGAAGAUUACCUGACCAACAGCACCCCUGCCAAAGAGAACAGUCUGCACUCAGCCACCACUGGCAGCGAUCCCAGCUUGUCCCCGGAUUCCCAGGACCCCAGCCAGGACGAUGCCAAGGACUCCGAGUGUGCCAACACGUCUGACAAGGAGGUGGGCAGCAACGAGAACGACGACCAAAACCUGGGGACUAAGCGGCGGGGGCCCCGCACCACCAUCAAGGCCAAGCAGCUGGAGACCCUCAAGGCGGCCUUCGCCGCCACGCCCAAGCCCACCCGGCACAUCCGCGAGCAGCUGGCUCAGGAGACGGGCCUCAACAUGAGAGUCAUCCAGUUAAAGGAUGUCAGGCAUCAAGCGUUAGGGAAGACCUUCUAUCUGCUUGAAAGCUGCUGCUGGCCAGAGAGCAAAGGUGUCCUCCCCAGAGCCCUGGACCUGACCCAGAUCCUCCCUCCUCCUCCUGGCCAGGAUCGGUUUACUCACGAGGAGUCACACAACUGCAGCGUCGGAGGCAUCCUGGCAUCCAAACCCAGCCAAAGGGAGUUCCAGGCAGCCAACUUGGCUUGGAGCCUGAAAGGACUUCUUCAGUUGCGCGGGUCUGACCUGCCUGCGAUCCCUUUUUUGAAAGAAAAGCUCUCGGCGAAGGGCGCAAAUGCCGGGGACUCGGACCGCUGCUCGCCGGGGCCAGGGGGAAUUGACAAAGAACCCAGCUAUAGGGCACUGGUGGUGAACCUAUGGCACUCCAGAUGUUCAUGGAUGGCCAUGCUGGCAGGGGCUGAUGGGAAUUGUAGUCUGUUAUUUCCUUGUCUCCUUCUGCACGUACAUCAAUCUUUCUUUUUCCACCCACCAGAUUACCAGAGCGAAUACUACGGACCUGGAAGCAACUAUGAUUUUUUCCCCCAAGGACCUCCUUCCUCUCAAGCUCAGACGCCUGUUGACCUCCCGUUUGUACCUUCCUCUGGACCAUCAGGAACACCGCUUGGGGGGAUGGACCACCCGUUACCUGGACACCACCCUUCUAGUGAAGCUCAGCGUUUCACAGAUAUCAUGUCCCACCCACCUGGAGACUCUCCCAGUCCGGAGCCCAACCUUCCCGGCUCGUUGCACUCCAUGUCGGCAGAAGUGUUUGGCCCCAGCCCGCCAUUUUCCUCAAUAUCCGUCAACGGUGGUGCUAAUUACAGUAACCAUUUGUCACAUCCGCCGGAAAUGAACGAGGCAGCCGUAUGGUAGCUUUAACCGCUAGAACUUGGGCCAGCUGGCAUCUAUUCUGCUUAUAUUUGUGGUGUACAGAAAUGAAUUCACUCGAACGUUUUCCUGCCCUAAGACAAUGUAUUUAUGGAUAUAGGCACCUAUCUAUAUCUAUAUGGUGUUGUCUUUUGAGUUUGCAGGGUUUUUUUGUUUUGUUUUUUAACCCCCUUGGGAAUGAACUGAAUCUGGAACCAAACCAAGGGAAAUUUUGCUAUAGACUAGGGGACAAUCUUCACAGCAGAGAAGCAACCGGAAAACAAGAUUUAAAAAGAAAUCUCUUUUUUGUACCAAGUGAAAAAGACACUGUGAAGCGGAUUUAUUUCGGUACUGCCAUAUGUAACGGAUGGCUUACACUGGGGUAUCACGUUCGCUAGAUGACAACUCUAGGAACUGAAAUCCUUCGAAACUUUUUUUUCAGAUAGGAAAAAAAAAGGAAACAAACACUAAAUAAAAGAAAGGUCAGAGACAACAAGGAAAGGCUUAAAGGAAUUUUAGUGGGUUUUUUUUUUUAAAGGACAGUUUUGGCAUUCUUGAUAUCUUAAUUUUGCCUCAGAAAUAUCGAUUUAGAGCUGCAACAACAGACUUUUUACGCUUCUGAGAGUUCAGGUGGGGUAAAUGAAAUGUAUUUUAUUUUAUAGUUUGGGUUUUGUUUUGUUUUUUUGGCCAAAAUAGCAAAGAUUUAAAUGUAGGCCCUCAGUAUCAACUCUUCUACCUUCUCCAAAUGACACACACCAAUAAUCCUCAAAAACCCAGAGGUCUUCUGCUAGGCUUCUAAGUAAAAAUGACUUGAAAGAAACAAACAACAAAGUAUUCUACCUUCACACAAAAGAAAGCUAAACAAACAAAAAAAAAAUAAAGACUCUAUGGAACUAGAAAAAAAAAGCAGUCAACUGUUUACGUCGAAUGUUAAAUUCAGGAGCGCGACAUUUUACUAAAAGAAUCCUGUUUUAGAACCUCUUGUUCAAAAGCAAAGUAUUUUGAGCAAUCAACCAAAAUAGUUCAUUAUUUCCUUUUUAAAUUUUGUUUUUGUUUCGGUAGAUGUUUUAAGACAUUACAGGACUUGUAUUUCACUGUGCUAGUUUGUAAAGGUGGUGUUUACAGAAGGCAAAGAAUAAAAUAAAACCAGACAAUUGCCAAAUAAAACAAAUCUAUAGCACAAAUACUUUUUGGGGUGUCAACACCCAUAGCCCGGGAAACCAUUUUAAACAAAGUGUGACAACGUUGAGGGGAUAAAAUUUGACAUCUUCGCUAAUGUUAGUCCUGUUCAACAUUCAUAUAAUUGUUAAAAUGACUUAUAUAGACCCACACAGGUUUUAUUUUUGUGUCUUUAAUAGAAGAAAAAAGUCCAAAAUAUUUAAAUUUUAUGGUCAAAAUAAGCAGUCAGAAGCUGCUACUUUUUUUCCUUUAUAUAUUAAAUUUCUCAUAUGUCUUUUAUUGUUCAAAUAAACCUAAGCUUGUGUGACCUCCAGCGCAUAAUAGACCAUUCACUGUAUGAAAGAGGGGAAAACAGUUGGAUUACAAAUUGUGAAUUUUUAAUAAAAUUAGAAAAUCUGA